GCGUUGACGCAGGUAUCCUAUUGUAACAUAGGUAUAACUGUAACUAUAUAAGUAAACGUGUACCGGUGAACAUCUCUCAAGACACGCUGCAGAUGCUAAUUGGGGACUCAAGUCAAUUCAGCUAAUUCAUUUGGCGGAGAAAGUGACUGCACAAUAUAUCUUGAGUAUAAAUAAACGUGUUUUAUCUUCCUUCGUCCUUCACGUUUGAUCUUGGCAUGAUGGCACACUGUGCGCCUUCACAGGCAUCAGACCGAGCCAGAAAUCAGAGGAAUAAACUAAGUAAUUAGUUGAACAGCUGGGGCGCAAUAGCAUGUUAACACGUUGACUGCUGUUGCGAGUGGUUCAACCUAACUAAUGGUGGUGAAGACUGCUUGGAGACGAGGUUGCGAGACGCUCAUAUUAUUAUGGCCAGACUCGAAAUGAUUACCCCGAUGAUGAUGAUGAUGAUGAUGUCGAGGAGACGAGGUGCGGUAUCUUCCGUUGCUGCUGUUUUACUUGUGCUGCUCGCGUUGUGCAGCGAAUUAACGGGCGGCAAUUAUUAUGGGACCAAUCACCGACAUAUAAACGAUCAAUGCUUUUGCAAGCUAAAUGGUACCAUCGAUGACUGUAGUUGUACCGUGGACACGGUAGAUUACUUCAACAACGUUAAAAUCUAUCCCAGACUGCAGAGUCUUCUAGUCAGAGAUUAUUUUAGAUUCUACAAAGUCAAUCUAAAGAGAGACUGUCCUUUCUGGGCAGAUGACAGCAAGUGUGCUAUUCGAUACUGCCACAUUAAACCUUGCGAAGAUAAAGACAUUCCAGUUGGAUUGAAAGGCGAAUUUUCGAGAAACAAUCACGCUGACGAAAGUCCAGCCGAAAAAUAUAAACUUAAUUUGCAAGUAACUGAUUGUGAUCACAAGAUACGUGAUCAUAACAUAGAAUUAGGAUUUUUAAAUACCACUAUAAGUUCAGAAAACUAUAAGGGAUUCCAGAGAUGGCAGAAACAUGAUGAUGCACAGGAUAGUUUUUGUAUAAAAGAGACUGAUGCAGGGGAAUAUGUUAAUUUACUGUUGAAUCCAGAAAGAUAUACUGGCUACAGAGGUUCCAGUGCUCAUCGAAUUUGGCGUAGUAUUUAUAUGGAGAACUGUUUUAGACCCGAAAAUUCGCCGCAUAAUUUCAUACAAACCUCUAAAAUGAAUGCCAUGUGUUUAGAAAAGAGAGUGUUUUAUAGAGUAAUUUCUGGACUUCACACUAGUAUAAAUAUACAUUUAUCGGCUAAGUACUUGUUAUCUAGUAAUCAGUUGGAAAUAUCUUCUGAAGGACAAUGGGGACCUAAUUUAGAAGAAUUCCAAAGACGUUUUUCACCGGAAACAACCGGUGGAGAAGGUCCAAAUUGGUUGAAAAACCUUUAUUUUAUAUACAUGUUAGAAUUAAGAGCACUAGCUAAGGCAGCUCCGUAUUUGCAAAGAGAAGCAUAUUACACUGGGAAUGCAAAUGAAGAUAAAGAUACUCGACUAGCAGUUAAUGAUAUUUUAAAUGUUAUACAAACAUUUCCCGAACACUUCAAUGAAAGCGUUAUGUUUAAUGGCGGUGUAGAAGCUCAAGUAUUGAAAGAGGAAUUUAAAAGUCACUUUAGAAAUAUAUCUCGAAUAAUGGAUUGUGUCGGUUGUGACAAAUGUAAGCUGUGGGGAAAACUUCAAGUUCAAGGUCUUGGCACUGCUCUGAAAAUUCUGUUUUUAGGAAAGUUUGAACAAUACGAACCUACCCUUAUAGAUUUCAGUAAAAAACAAUUUUUCUUAGACAGAAGUGAAAUUGUGUCACUUGUCAAUGCUUUUGGCAGGUUAUCAGAAAGCAUAUUUGAAUUGGAGGAAUUUCGAAAAAUGAUGAGAUAGUGUAAAAUAAAAAGAGAAGAUUUUAGUACUAAUUUUGCAU